CCCGUUGGUACAUCGUUUAUGGCGUGUGCAGUCUAGCUCAUGUACUACCACAGAAGUCACAGUCAACGAAGCGUUUUUACUGGGUCGCGGGUGGGCGGAGCGCGCGCGGGCGCAUGCGGGCCGGCCGGCCGGUGCGGGCAAGAUGACGCAUGGCGGGAGCGCUGCUCGUGGUGCAGCUGCCGCUGCUCGCCCUGCUGGUGCUGGCGGCGGCCGCGCCCGACUGGAGCGACUGCCCGUCCGCGUGCCAGUGCAAGUGGACCGGCGGCAAGAAGUCGGCGCUGUGCCGCGCCGCCGGCCUCUCCGCCGUGCCCAACGCGCUCAGCGCCGAGAUGCAGCUGCUCGACCUCUCCGACAACCGCAUUCCCUACCUGACGCGCGACGCCUUCCGCUCCGUGGGGCUCAUCAACCUGCAGAAGAUAUUCGCGCGCCAGGCCGGCGUGCGCGAGGUGCACCGCGACGCCUUCCGGGACCUCAUCAUACUCGUCGAGGUGGACCUGUCCGGGAACGCGAUAGCUGCGCUGCAGCCGGGCACGUUCUCCGGCAACGACCGUCUGCGCAUGCUGUCGCUGAGUCACAACCCGCUGUCGGAGCUGGUUGAGGGCCAGUUCCCCGCGCUGCCGCACCUGCGCACGCUGGACCUCUCGCACUGCCGGCUGGCGCGCGUCCACCCGGCCGCCUUUGCCCGCCUCUCGGCGCUCGAGACGCUGCACCUCAACAACAACCGCCUCCAGCAGCUGGACGCCGCCGCGCUCAACGUCGCCGCCGCCACGCUCAAGGCGGUGGCGCUGGACAGCAACCCGUGGCGCUGCGACUGCGCGCUGCGCGCGCUGCGCGAGUGGCUGCUGGCGCGCACCCUGCACGGCGCGCUGCCGCCCGCCUGCGCCGCCCCCGCCGCCCUCGCCGGCCGCCCCUGGCCCGACGUGCCCGCUCAAGACUUCGCCUGCGCGCCCGAGGUUAGCCUCGCCGACCACAUGAUCCAGGCUGAGCUGGGCGGCAACGUGACGUUCCGGUGCCACGUGACGGGCGACCCGGAGCCGACGCUGGCGUGGCUGGUGAACGGGCGCGCGCUGGGGGCGGGCAACGCCUCUGGCCCGGAGGCGGUGCCGCAGCUGGAGGAGGAGGCGGACGGCGACGGCCGCGGCCGUUGGUACAGCCUCAGCCUCUACAACGUGUCCGAGGCCGACGCCGGGGACUACGCCUGCGUCGCCACCAACAUCCGCGGCCGCGCCUCGGGCAACGCGUCACUGCUGCUGCCACAGCAGGUGGUGACGGCGACGACGCUGAGCAAGGCGGACGGGUGGCUGGUGUGGGCGGGCGUGGCGGCGGGCGGCGGCGUGGCGCUGGGCGGCGCGCUGCUCGCCGUCGCGUGCAGCGUGUGCGCCGCCUGCAGGCCGGGGCGCGGCCGCCGACACCGCCACCGCGGCCGCCACAAGCGCCGCAAGCCUGGCUCCGCCGGGCUCAAGGGCAGCGUCAGCUUCACCGACCAGGAGAAGAAGCUGCUCGACGCCAGCAUAACCACCACCGAGCGGCCCUCCUGCAGCGAGGGGCUCGCCGGCUCCCAGCCCGACAUGGAGCUGCUCGAACAGCAGCAGGUGGCGUGCGGCGGCAUGGAGGCGGUGCCGCCGCCGGUGCACAUCACCAUCGAGAGCCACCCCAGCCUGCCGGGGGCAGGCGAGCCGGGGGCAUGCGCGGGGGCGGCCGGGGGCGGCGCCUAUCCGGGGGCGCUCUCCGUCUUCCCGCCGCCGCCCGCAGAGUUUUCCACCAGCGUGCUGCCCGCCGGCGCCUUCGGCAACAUCUUCAUCUCCGUCUCGGUGAGUCAGCCUGUGGAACCCGAGCAGCGCUACCCGGACCUGCUGGACAUUCCGCACCGCGCGGGCCCACUGCCGCCGCAGCCGCCGCCGGGCCACGCCGCCCCCGCUGCCCCCGGAGGCGGCAAGGCGGCCAGCGUGAGCGUGGCGGCGGGGCCCGACGCGCCCUUCUACGUGCCGCGCGUGCUGGCCACACACGCGUACGCGACGCUGCCCAGGGCGCGGCCGGGCGCCACCCAGCGCAAGGAGGAGGUGGUGGCGCCGCCGCUGGCGCAGCCGCCGCCCCCGCACGGGCAGCCGCACUACGACAACAUGGGCCCGCGCGUCACCGCCGGCGGCAGCUCCACGCUGUCGCUGCCCGACGCGCUGCCCCCGGACAGCGAGGCCGACGCCGACGCCGACGCCCCCGACGACAUCCCGCCACCCCCGCUGCCCCCCAUGUGCUCCCCCCUACCGGCCGAGUAUGUCGCCCUCUGAGGCCCGCUCACCGUCAAAGUCGAUUUGAAUCUUUGCCUCGCUCGCAGGACAACGCCAGAGGACGAUCGUGUCUUUGCUACUCC